UGCAGUUUCCGUUUCUCUGCUUCCUAUUGGUCUAAAACGUACCACGUGUCCAGGAAGUCUCACGAAGGUGCAUUUGUGAACAUUAAUUGAUAGAAUUUACGGCAACACAACAACACCAACGUUACACGAGGUCGCUGUGCAUCGUUUGUGUUUUGUAUGAUGAGCUAAAAUCUGUACUGUGGCUGUAGUUUUUAUUUUCCAAACCGUGAGUUAGAUUGACGGUGCAGAGAAUGACACCGUUUCCUCCGACGUGUUCCAGGUAUCGCUUCUCGGCCUUUUGGCUAAGAUGAAGUGUAGUAUCUGUUCUUAUCAGUUUAAUAUCUGAUAUGUAUUCUAUCUGUAGACUAAAUGUUAAAUUGGUUUUUGGAACAUGGGAUAGGAAUAGGGGCUUGCUUCAUCCGCUCCACGCAUUGACCUGGUAUUGCAGUAUUUUCAGGAAUGGUGCACCUUCAUUAUGAACGUUGAAAAUAAGUAGAGAUGAUGGCUUAUGUUCACUUAGUUUUGUUUGGCAGUUUCAAGUUUGGAAGUGAUGAUAUAGAGGUCGUUUGUCCAUGACUCAGCAACUUGAUUGUCUUAUCCAGACAAUGAUACCAGGACUGGUCAUUCUGAUCCACUGACAUGUUCAUUGACACAGAUAGUUACUUUUGAAAGAUGAACAAAGGAUUUUCAGCCAGAGACUGGCUUUUGCAGGUAAUCUAUGGUGUUUUGCUAUUUGUACGAACUGUUUUGACAAAUGCACUUACUGUUUUGCAAAUGUUGAGGAUGAUUCAAGAAAUGCACCAAAGCGACUGAGAAGAACUGUAAUUUAAUGGUUGAGCAUAUUUGAGAAACAUGCAAAUCUACUUUCUGGCAGAGAUUCACAGUAAAUAUAAAACAUAAAUCUAUACAACAACCAGUGUGCACAAACAGUAACUUGUAAUAUCACAUUAAAAAAAGAAAGGGGUUUCCUGGUGGUCUACAGGUUUAGGGAGAUGACGACGUAAUUUUAAUUCCUAGGUUGAGUCAGAUUGGACACAAACCCAAACUCCUUAAAUACAACUUCCCCUGAGUUAAACUAUAUACAAGGUGAUGGCCUGAUACUGGAAAAAGUUGACUUUUGGGGAGAGACAGACUACAGGAAGUCCUUUCGACAGAUUGUGAGACUAAAGAGUGAACUUUUUCCCAGUAAACACUGGAUGGAGAAACUGGUGGCAGUGAUCACAGCUUGUUCUCGUCAACGAUCUUUUCUCACGCUGCUCCAGUCCAGACCAAGUGGUCUUCAACAUCCCCAACCUGUCUGCUGACGUGAUGCAGCUCAUCAUUGAGUUUGCUUAUGGCUGCUUUAUUUCUGUGACGGAGGACAACGUCCAGGAACUUCUGCUGGCAGCAGAUCAGCUUGGCGUGAAGAGUUUGGUCCAGACCUGCUGCCACUUCCUCGGGGAACAGCUCUGUCCACGGAAAUGCAUCGCUAUCUGGCGUCUCACCAACAUCUGCAUCUCCCCUGAACUGCGGCACAAGGCCUACCGCUACAUCACUGAUCACUUUGAGGACGUUGUUUCCUCUGAAGACUUCCUGCAGCUGUCUGUGGAGGAACUCACUGAUAUCCUUGAUAGAGAUGAGCUCAGUGUGAGGCAGGAGAACGGUGUGUACGAGGCCAUGAUGAAGUGGAUCGCUCACGUACACGAAGAACGACAAGGACACAUCGCUGCUCUCCUGUCUAAGGUCCGACUGGCUCUGCUCAGUACACAGUACAUCACCAUCAACGUGCUGUCCAAUGAACUGGUGAAGAACAGCGCUGAGUGCCUAACCUUGAUCAAGGAUGCUACCACAAUCAUACAUCGCACAGAGAGACCCUCAGGUUAUGGCUUCUAUCACCGUCUUGCUCGUCCUCGCCUGCCCAAUGCCAUCCUAUUGGCCACAGGGGGCUGGAGCGGUGGUGAUCCGACCAACAGCAUUGAGGCAUACGAUUUCCAAGCCAACCGGUGGGUCAGCGUGGCAAACGGUUUGGAGCGUCCUCGUGCCUAUCAUGGCACCGCCUUCCUCAGCGGCUUUGUCUACUGCGUGGGUGGCUUCGACAGGGUGCAGCAUUUCAACAGCGUAUACCGCUUUGACCUGACGUCGUGCACCUGGCAGGAAGUGGCGAACAUGCACUGCUGCCGCUGCUACGUAAGCGUGACUGUGCUGAAUGGACGCAUCUAUGCCAUGGGAGGCUCCGAUGGCCAAGCGAGACUCAACACUGCAGAGUGCUACCAACCCCAAACCAACCAGUGGAGCCAUAUUGCACCCAUGCAUGAGCAGAGGAGUGAUGCCAGCUGCACGACACUCCACAACAAGCUGCUGAAGAAGCUGCAGGUCGACCUUCAGCUGGACGUUCUGGACAGAUUUCAGGUGUCUGAUGUUCUUCAGGAUAAACUGAACAACAGAGAGUCAUAAUGUCGGCCGCCAGCUGUCUGCUGACUGAAGAGCAGCUUCUGUGCGGCAUCUGUCUGGAUGUCUUCUUCAAUCCCGUCACGUUGCCGUGCGAACACAACUUCUGCAAAAACUGCAUCAUGCAACACUGGGACACCAACAUCCAGUGCCAGUGUCCGUCCUGCAAAGAGCCGUUCUACCGGAGGCUGGACCUGCGAGUCAACACUUUCAUUUCUGAGAUGGCUGCUCAGUUCAGGAAGUCGGCAGGAAGACGAAGCCCCAACUAGCAAGUAGCCAAACCAGGGGAGGUUCCCUGCGACAUCUGCACCGAAAAUAAAAUGAAAGCUCUGAGGUCCUGCCUGGUGUGUCUGGCGUCCUGCUGCGAGACUCACCUGAAGCCUCACCUGACGGCGUCGCGCCUGAAGAGACACCGGCUGACGGAUCCAGUGGAGAACCUGGAAGGGAGGAUGUGCACGAUUCAUGACAAACCUUUGGAGCUCUUCUGCAAGACAGACCAGACCUGCGUUUGCAUGCUGUGUCUGGUUUUAGACCACAAGUCCCACAAAGUCAUUCUGCUGAAAGAGCAGUUAGAAGAGAGGAAGAAGUCGGAUCUCGGCAGGAGGGAAACCAAAAUCCACCCGAUGAUCCAGGAGAGACGACUGAAGAUUGAGGAGCUGAAGCGCUUGGCAAAGCUCAGCAAGGAAGCAGCAGAGAGGGAGAUGGCGGAUGACGCUCAGGUCUUCACCGCCCUGAUUCAGUUCUUCGAGAGAGUUUAUUGAUGUUCUUGUGUAAAUAAUCCUAAAUGUUAUUGACCUUAUGACUAUCAGAAUGUGGAAGUACUACUUGUUCUUUCCGGACACACUGAUGACUUUCAGUAGGUGAAAGGAACUUACUGGAAGGAAUCUGAUGUUAAACCACAGCAGGAACCAGUUUUCAGACAGAACUGAGGUGUGGUUCAACACAGCACAACAGCAGAUUGUAUUCAGAGGAACUUUUUCAUGCUAAUACUGUGUUUUUGUCCCUUCGAUCAGAGAAUCUUGCAAUAAAACUUCCGACUCGACAUUCUGGUUGUUUACCACCUGAGGCACAGAAUUGUAAUUUGCCACCAACAAAUCCACAGAUUCCCUGUGAACCGACUUUCUUCAUUUAAUCCGUCUUUUUCUGAUAAUAAUAAUAUUUUGUGUGUCUUUUCCCCCUGUAGUGUUAAUAAAUACACCACGUUUAUUGUC